CAAAUAAUAUUCACAUUAUUUAAUUUUUCUUUCAUUUCUUGAUAUUUGUACAUAAUAGUAAGGUAUCUCCUAUUUAAGCGGUAACGGUGCGAGAAGAUAUCAAUUUAUCCAUCAUGGACCAAUGGUUGAAAGAGAGCUUAUCCAGGAUUUUAGAUUUUGAAGUUCCUGAAGACCUUAUCAAAUACGUUCUCUCCAUAGAAAAUCAAGCUGACCUCAAUGAAUAUAUGAAAACUUUAAUAGACUUUGACAAUUCACAGCACAAAACAUUCUUUGAUGAGCUUUGUAAGAGAAAGUUUCCCACAAAAGCAUCUUCUUUACCAAGGCAGCCCAAAAAGAAGAUUUCAAAGAAUAAACAACAAGUAGAGACUAAAGAAGUAAAACCAGCUGAAACAGUAAGCAAUGAGGAAACAAAAAAUAAAAAGAAGACAAAAUUUGUCAACCUUUAUUCACAGGAAGGGAAAAAUGCCCAAGUUGUUCUAAUAAAAGGCAGACUCCACUGUGACUGCCAGGCUUCCAAACAUGAGCUCAUUAAUAAUUGUCUACAAUGUGGACGCAUUGUUUGCAAGCAGGAAGGUUCUGGUCCCUGCCUGUUCUGUGGACAUUUGGUUUGCACUCCCCAAGAGCAAAAAGAAAUCAAUGCUAAGACAAAGUCGAGUGCUAAGUUGAUGGAGUCUCUGAUGGAACGCAGCAGGCCUAAAGGCUGGGAAGCCGCUGUUUCUCAUAGGAAUAGACUUUUGGAGUAUGACAGAACCAGCGAACGUCGUACAAAAGUAACUGACGACGACAGUGACUAUUUCAACGCUAACAGCGUGUGGUUGAGCGCCAGUGAGAAGGAGAAACUGCAGAAGUAUCAGCAAUCCUUGCAUGAUAAGAAACAUGCGUCCAGGCUUAAUAAGAAGAUGACUUUUGAUUUUGCUGGUCGUCAAGUGGUAGAAGACAACACAAUCGACUACGACGUGGACGAAGAUCACAUUCGUAACAUUACCACAAGCAAUCAGAAUGGUAACCAGAUGUUGAGGACCGAUGUAUUGGCUAACAUGCCUUCAGAUAGGGAUGUGGCGCCGGGUGUUAAUGCUAACUUGUUGCAGUUCGACGAAUCAAUAAGCAGCAACUACGCAGCAAGCAGACCCACGUGGUCCACACAGUCUCGCAUACAAGAUGCAGAGUUACAAGAGAUGGUGGAUACCGGCAAGUGUCUCUCUAUGCACCAACCCUGGGCGUCGCUAUUGGUGGAGGGGAUUAAGUUACACGAAGGUCGAACAUGGUAUACGAGUCAUCGCGGUAGAUUGUGGAUAGCGGCUACAGUCAAACCAGCUGACCCGGGGCUUAUCCGGGACUUGGAGAAUAGAUACAGGGUGCUCUAUCCGGAAAAGCAAUUCAAGUUUCCAUCAUUCUAUCCCACCGGAUGUUUGCUGGGAUGCGUCAAUGUUGACGACUGCCUACCGCAAGAAGAGUAUGAGAAAAUUUAUCCGGACGGCGAAGGCGACAGUCCCUAUAUGUUCAUCUGUUCCAAUCCGAUAAGUCUGCGGCUUCGAUUCCCGGUCAAAGGACAGCAUAAAAUAUAUUCUCUGGACAAAACAAUUCAUCAAGCGGCUUUGAAAUGUAUUCAAAAGAUGUCCAAAAUAGAAUCCGAACAAGCGCACGCUGCGUAAAUUUGUUAUUUAUAAUUUGUAAAGGGAAAAUAAAAGAAUUCAUUA